GCCUUCGAGAGCGAGCUCGGCGUCCAGGCACCGGUGGGUUUCUGGGAUCCCGCCGGCCUGAGUUCCGAUGGCAGCGUGGAGAACUUCAAGCGCCGACGCGCCACGGAGCUCAAGCACGGUCGCAUUGCGAUGCUGGCCACGAUGGGUUACAUUACGCCGGAGAUCACCGGCAAGUUUCCGGGCUACUUGAGCCCAUCAGCCGGCUUGAAGUUUGCCGAUGUGCCCAACGGCCUUGCAGCGAUUUCUAAGGUUCCACAGGCUGGUUGGGGCCAGAUCUUGCUCUACAUGGCCUACUGCGAGGCCUCCCAGACCCAAGAGCCCGGGACGGCGGCUUACGCCGGCGACUUCGGUUGGAAAGUGCUGACCUCGAGCGAUCCGGCAGAAAAGACGAAGAAGCUGAAUGCCGAGCUUGCGAAUGGAAGACUGGCCAUGAUGGCCAUCAUUGGCAUGUUCUUCCAGGAUGGACUCACAGGAUCCGCCUGGGGUGACUGGGCCAACUACACCGCGUCGCCUCUGCGGGCGUUCGAGAGCGAGCUCGGCGUGCAGGACCCCGUCGGGUUCUGGGAUCCCGUCGGCUUCACCUCCGAUGGCGAUGUUGCCUCAUUCAAGCGCCGUCGAUCCGUGGAGCUGAAGCACGGCCGCAUCUCCAUGAUGGCGACCAUGGGCCACUGGACG